GGGAGGAACUCAGUGGGAGAGAGAGAGGGAGGAACUCAGUGGGAGAGAGAGAGAGAGAAUCUCAGGUUUGGUGUGUGGUUAGUCUACAAGUAGUCAGUGCGGAAACACUAGACAGACAGACAGACUGACUGAGUGACUGAUCUGUGUGUGAACAGUGGAGUUGAGCUUGUGGAAAGACGCUUUUCUUCAGCUCAACCUGCUGGUAAACAGAAGGGCUGUGUGGACGCAGGAAUUUCAGGUCACGAGGGCUCCAGCAGCAGAGCAGUGGUCGGAGAAGUGUUGUCGUUAAUCUGAGCUGGGGUAGGGAGUAUGUCUACUGUGUCCUGCUUGAUUGAAGAUUGUCCCUGUCCUUCUUACUCUGACAGUAUGGGAGAUCUGAAAACAAACUGAGUAGAAGACACACACACACUCACACAGAGAGACUCUAGACGCGGAGACGACACACACACACUGUAAUUUUGGAGAGACUAUUUCAGCCUCUUGUGGAAUCCUUGGAGGUCCCAACUUGCCCCCCCUGUAUUUUUGUCCCUGACGAUGGCGUCAACCGUGGAUUAUGUGUUGUUGCUGGUAGCUGCCGUGCUGGGACCGUACCACGUUGGGGUGGAAGGAGGGUGCGCUGGGAAGUGCUGCCGGGGUUCAGACAUCACCUGUUCAACGGCAGACUGGAGGAUGGACCGUGUGUUCGGCACCUGCUACUGCGACGAGGGCUGCCUCAGGACCAAAGACUGUUGCUAUGACUACCCCACCGAGUGCCCAGCCCAGUCGUGUGUGGUGACUGACUGGAGUCAGCGCCACAUUGAGCGGGAGCCCAGGAACAGUGCAGAUCCAUGUCCCAGUCUGGAGGAGCAGGCUGGCUGCAUGGACUACCAGUCAAACCAUGGAGAGAUCUGCACUCAGAACACAGGUCCUGGUUAUAACCAGGGGGACUGUGUUUGUCCCUCUCCAGGUCCAGCUUUCAUCACCACCAGGGAGUUUGGUAAAGGAAGAACAAAGCCUGACAUCUACGGAGCAUCUCUGUACCCUGGGUUCUGUAUGGAGUAUAAGAUGGAGUCUCUGACUACCCACUGUACGGUGGAGAACAGACCACACACCCACUGGAUGCAGUACCUACGUGAGGGCUACACGGUGUGUGUGGCGUGCCAACCCCCCGCCAUGCGUAACCAUAGCGGCAGCUGCCAGGGAGACGGACAAGAAUCCAACAGUGAGGAGCUGCUCCAUUGGCAGGCUGUGGGGAACUCUGGCUGUCGUGGAACGUGGAAGAAGGUCCAGAGAACAGCAUACUGCUCCUGUCCUCACGUCCACAGCUUCCUCUUCAUAUAAACACACAGGAAGUCUUACUUGCGGUCCUACUUGCACCCUUAUUCCCUAUAUGGUGCACUACUUUAGACCAGAGCCCUACGGCACCCUAUUCCCUAUAUAGUACACUACUUUAGACCAGAGCCCUAUGGCACCCUAUUCCCUAUAUGGUGCACUGCUUUAGACCAGAGCCCUAUGGCACCCUAUUCCCUAUAUGGUGCACUGCUUUAGACCAGAGUCCUAUGGCACCCUAUUCCCUAUAUAGUGCACUACUUUAGACCAGAGCCCUACGGCACCCUAUUCCCUAUAUAGUACACUACUUUAGACCAGAGCCCUAUGGAACCCUAUUCCCUAUAUAGUACACUACUUUAGACCAGAGCCCUAUGGCAACCCUAUUCCCUAUAUGGUGCACUACUUUAGCCCAGUCAAACAGUAUCCUUGUCCUAGAGACACGUACAUGGUUGACAAAGCGUCACCCCAGGGUACGGCCAAUACGAAACACAGCCCUUCUUUUACGGGCUUCUAAAAUCCCCUAUGGGGAAAAAAUAUUGGAUCCAUUUUUGACGCUAGAUUUUUAUGCUAAUUAUAGGGCUCUCUCAGUAGGGUGACUGGUAAUCUAUAGGGCUCUGGUCAACAGUAGGGAAUAGGGUGACUGGUAAUCUAUAGGGCUCUGGUCAACAGUAGGGAAUAGGGUGACUGGUAAUCUAUAGGGCUCUGGUCAACAGUAGGGAAUAGGGUGACUGGUAAUCUAUAGGGCUCUGGUCAACAGUAGGGAAUAGGGUGACUGGUAAUCUAUAGGGCUCUGGUCAACAGUAGGGAAUAGGGUGACUGGUAAUCUAUAGGGCUCUGGUCAACAGUAGGGAAUAGGGUGACUGGUAAUCUAUAGGGCUCUGGUCAACAGUAGGGAAUAGGGUGACUGGUAAUCUAUAGGGCUCUGGUCAACAGUAGGGAAUAGGGUGACUGGUAAUCUAUAGGGCUCUGGUCAACAGUAGGGAAUAGGGUGACUGGUAAUCUAUAAGGCUCUGGUCAACAGUAGGGAAUAGGGUGACUGGUAAUCUAUAGGGCUCUGGUCAACAGUGGGGAAUAGGGUGACUGGUAAUCUAUAGAGCUCUGGUCAACAGUAGGGAAUAGGGUGACUGGUAAUCU